AUGAACCGCCUAGGCCUAAUGCACCCCUCAACCCUAACAGGCAAACACAACGCCGAAACCUCCGCCCUCUACAACGCCUUCAACGAACACACCUCCCAAGUCCUACAAGGCGCCAACAUCACCUACAAACUCCCCUCGACCGGCGCCCUCGUCGGCCCCUUCGGCAUCCUCCUGCACACGCCGCACGUCGGCCGCGCCUUCCUAGAUUUCUGCAACGCCCUCUUCGAACUCCCCGGCCUGACGGACCGCACGCGCACCAUCAUCGCGUUGGUGGUCGCCGCGUACGAGAAUUCGAAUUAUCACUUUUAUUUCAACGGGCGGCUGGCGCAGGAGAGGGGGAUGACGAAGAAUGAACUCGAUAGCUUGCGCGCGGGGCUGUACGCUCAGUCCUUCAGCGAGGAGGAGAAGGCGGCGUAUGGCGUCGCGCGGGAGCUGUGUGCUUCGAGCGGGAAUCUGUCCGAGCGGGCGUGGAAUGAUUGUGUGGCGAAGAUGGGGAGGGAGGGGACCGUGGCGUUGGUGCAUUAUGUGGGCUUUCAUAGGUAUAUUGCGACUAUGUUGAGGGGGUUUGAUGCGCAGAUGCCGGCGCCGAGGGAGAGGGUGGAGAAUCAGGGGGUGCAGCAGGGUGGGAGUGGCAGUGGCGGUGGUGGCGAGGCUGCUGGGCCGAGUUGA